AAUAAUCGAAUACUUAAUUUCAUUAUCUGGAUCCGGAUCGGAACUCUACAAAUAUUUAAUUUUUACGGAUCGGAUAGGAUCGAAUACCGGAUCGAAGACCAGAUACGGAUAAUAAUUUCAACCCUAGGCGUGAGGAAUAUUUUUUAAUUAAUAUUUUAAAGGACAAGUGUUAACUUGUGUGGGAUUUUAGCAUCCACGAGUAUUAGCGUAUAAGAGAGAACGUAUUAAUGGGCUAUGUUGAAUAUUUAGUUGAGUACUGCUGGGCUUAUGGCCCAAUAGGCCGUCAUUAUCUCAUUGUCUAUUACGGUUCUAUGUCGUUGUUGCCGUAAUCUCCCUCCUUCUCUUUUCUAGUUCUCUCUAGGUCUUCCUUCUCUUAAACUUCCAUUUCUGUUGAUUACUGUAAGUUCCAUUUCUGGGCUUAACAGCCAUAUCCGUCAAUUGCGUGCUCUAAUUGUCCGUUCCAGUUAGGGUUUGCUUCUGCAGACGAACUUAGGAAGAUGUGUGGUAGGGCUCGCUGUACUUUGAGACCUGACGAUGUGCCAAGGGCGUCUCAUCGCCAUGGCGUUCCUGCCCGUUUUCUACACCUCGACCGCAGUUAUCGUCCAUCUUACAAUGUUGCACCGGGAACUUAUAUGCCGGUUCUGCGGAGAGACAAUGAUGGUAUUGCUGUCCACUGUAUGAAGUGGGGAUUAGUCCCCAGUUUCACUAAGAAAACUGAUAAGCCAGACUUCUUUAAAAUGUUCAAUGCUCGGUCUGAAUCGGUGGCUGAGAAAGCGUCUUUUCGUCGAUUGCUUCCCAAGAAUAGGUGCCUUGUUGCAGUUGAUGGGUUUUAUGAGUGGAAAAAGGAAGGUUCUAAAAAGCAACCCUACUACAUUCAUUUUAACGAUAGGAGGCCGUUGGUAUUUGCUGCUCUUUUUGAUUCUUGGCAGAACUCAGGAGGUGAGACACUUGACACUUUCACGAUUUUGACAACCACGUCAUCGUCAGCCCUGGAUUGGCUCCAUGACAGGAUGCCAGUUAUUCUGAAUGACAAGGAGUCAGUCGACACAUGGUUAGAUGGUCCAUCAACGUCGAAUCUGAAGCCAUUACUUGUACCAUAUGAAAACUCAGAUUUGGUAUGGUAUCCAGUAACCUCUGCGAUUGGUAAAUUAUGUUUUGAUGGACCAGAGUGUAUUCAGCAGAUACCGCUAAAGGCUUCGCAAAACAGCUUGAUCUCAAAGUUUUUCUCAGCAAAGCAUCCCAAUACAGAUGAAGGAGACAGAGAAACCAAAUCGACAGAUGCAGAUACUCCAGUUGAUUUGAAAGAGAAACCUAAGGUUGAAGGUUAUGACGAGGCCUUUUUUUCUAACUGCAAUAAGAAAAGUGAGGAGUUAGAUGAGGAGAUAGAUAAAUCCAAUGAAGCCAAAAAUCUGGGUUUUCAAAACAUUGCGAAAGCAGAACCAUUGAUGGAAGAUAACUCAGCUGUUGUACUGCGUCUCGAAUCUGUAAAAAAUGAAGUUGAGGAGGAUACAAAAGGAAAAUCCAUAAAGACUGCUCUUAGUAAAGUAACAGAUGAGAGCAACCUUGAUCUCCAAAGAAUCUCAAAUGAGGAACAUGAGACUCAAGGCCAUCGCUUUACUAAAAUUGAGGCAAUGAAUCAGGUUGAGUUUCCGGAUAACGCUACUCAAGAAAAAUCAGGAAAUGAAAAUGAAACGGUUAUAACUUUCGAGACCACGAAGGGAAGUGACGUAGUAAGGUUGGCGGAGAAGUCAUCAGGAAGGAGUGAGAAGAAGCGAGAGUACGAGGUAUUCUCAGCUCCAGAAAAGCCAAAAAAGCACUCUGAAAUGUUGCAAGACGUUCAAAGCUGUGGGAAACAAGGAAAAAAGCAAGGAAAAGGUAAGUCUAACAUAAAAAAAUCCAAGCAGACGCAGUCUACAUUACAUUUCUUUUUCGAUGGGAAAUAGUUUGUCUAUGUAACAUCUAUGAGAAACAUGUCUGGGUUGUAGAUUACAAAGGAUAUGUACUGUCGAUGCGUUGUAUAUAGGUUGUGUUCAAUCUUUGAUCUAAAGUAAAUAGGAAUACGAGCGUAUUAGUAGUAGAAUUUGCUUUUCGUUUUCAAGAUUGUAGUUGAAUUAGGUUUUUUGGUGUAUGUGAUAUAAUUGGAGGAUGAUUAGUGCAACACCCGCCUCCUACUUACCGGAAACUGUGUCACUUGUAUU